AUGGCUCCGGAAGACGCAGCGGCGCGGGGGAGGACGUCCGGAGGCGGUGACCCUGGCGGCGGCGACCACCUCAGCGGCCUCCGGGACGAGGUCCUCCUCCGGGUCUUGUCGCACCUCAAGGCGUGGGAGGCGGCGGAGGAAAUCGAGCUCUCCGCCAAGCGUCACAAGGGGUACCCGACGCCGGAGUACAUGAGCUUCAUUGUUGAUGGCGAAGACCUUCGAAAACAUGGUGUUGCUGGCGAAGCCUCCGUCAAGACUGGCCUCAAGAUCUUGAAGCUUACCCAUCUCAGUCUGGAUGACACCACCCUCAGUCCCUCAUGCAGCUCUGUUCAAGGCCACAGAGAUAGGGUCCAAGUUGCUCAAGCGUUGACCGUGAUCAAGUGCAAAAUUCCUAAGGGAAUCCUCUCUGUUUAUGCACCAAAACUUGUCUCGCUGCAGUUGAGCAGCAACUUUGGCUAUGUUCCGUGGAUCCAGAACUUGGGGUUGCUAGCAGCAUCCAAUGUAAACCAACGGGUGCACUUCUUUGGAAAAGCUAGAGCUCAAGGAUUGUUCGGUGGUCGGCAAGGAGAUUUGAUCCCCCUCACUGAGGUGCUUGACUAUGGUCAGCUACCAUUUCGACAUGUUCCUCAGUUCCAGAACAUGAAAUUUCUAGUCACAGCGAGUAUCACACUUGAUGACUCUUGCAUGUCUAGUGAUAGUCAAUGGACAUUGGAGGAUGAUGACAAAGAUGAAUUCGAUGAUGAUGGUGACUUUUUUGCACAUUUUAGGGUUAAGGACUCUGAUGAUAACAGUGAUAGUGAAUCAGAUCAGGACGAAGAAGAUGAGUCUGACCAUGAUGGUGCACAUUCUGGUGCUGAUGGAUCAGAUGAUAAUAGUGAAUAUGAAUCCACUCAGGACGAAGAAGAUGAGUCUGACUAUGAUGGUGCACAUUCUGGUGCUGAGGGAUCAGAUGAUAAUAGUGAAUGUGAAUCCACUCCGGACAAAGAAGAUGAGUCUGACCAUGAUGGUACACAUGUUGGCGCUGAAGAUUCUGAUGGUAAUCACGGUUGUUCUGGACCUGGUGAUGACGAAGAUAGCCAUACUGUGGGCAAUGAAGAGAUUCCAGAGGAGUACAACAAUGAUUGUGGACGAAUGUUUGGGGGGGUUGGUAUCCUUUUCAGCCUCUCAAAAGUUAGAACAAUGGACCUAUUUGCCCAUUCAGGAGAGGUGCUGCUCGUGAGGGAAUCGAAAACGUGUACUGACUUCAAAAACCUGAAGACUCUCUCCCUUGGUGAAUGGUGUAUAACUCCUGACCUUGAUGUAUUAGCAGACAUGCUUCAGCGCUCACCGAACUUAGAGAACCUUUCUGUUCACCUCGACAUGGCCAACAAGGUCAGAGUGGGCUUCAAGCCAAGGGCAAGUUCAUUUGCAUGCACUAACCUGAAGAAGGUGGAGAUCACAUGUUGUAAGCAUGAUAUUGUUUGCAAAUUGAUAGAGUUCUUCGAUGUGAAUAGCAUACCACGUGAGAAGAUUUCCUUCCAUUGGACUGCCAGCAAUUGUGUUGUCGGGAGAGGUACAGUUUCGCAGGCAAAGGGCAAGGCACAAACUGAAGCUGAGAAGAUACCAGCAAAGCAGAAUAAGGCAGGGAAGUGA